AUGUGCCCUACAGUGUGCAAUACUAUCUUCCGCGCAACAAUUAUCAUCAUCCCUCGGCGGUUCUUCACAACGUCUUUAUCACCACUCUCCUAUUCGACCAGCAACAACAUCCAAACUGGCGACGGCGGCAGCUCGUCGUCCGAUACCGCGUUUACCAAGCCUAAAGUGUACAACUCGAACAUCACCGGCUCCGGGUUAGAUCCGAGAAGUCAGCUCACGAUCGAGCAGCAGGAGGAGGUGAACGAGCAUAACCGCCACUUUGCCAAGACGCAUGGGCGAAAAAUCUUCGACAAAUUUGGACGCACGUGCCUCGAUAUCGUCUCUGCCAAGUGA